AUCUUUCCUAAUCCUGCGAAUCGUCCACAUCUAGAUCUGUCAAAGGGUUCAGUGCCGUCAAAGACUCCGCACUGAACAGCAUUUCUGAUUUUUGGUAACGGAAUAUGCCUGUGUUCCCUCGAUAUGUCGUUAAUCCAGGCCGGGACCGUCGCAAGAGAAUGCGGGCGGAGUCUACGGGGCAUUUCCUGGCGCAAGAAUUUUCGCGUUUCUCGAGCAAUUCGCUAAAGCUCCGAAGGCUGUACAACGAUACGAGGAGAGCAAUAGGAGAAGUUAUCAGAGGUGGAUACUUUAACGGGGAUCAGCUCAGCCACCUGCAUCCGAAACCGGAACAGAAAGAGAUCAUGAGUCGAGCUACGAUGGGUGGAGUCGCCAUCCUCGUCUUCGGGCGAAGCUGUUCCGCGAAAGCCGCUGUCGUGAACGAGCUCUUCGGCUCGUCGAUCCUGCCCGUUGGCGUCGAUCAAUGUCCCGACGAGCUGUGGCGGAUGGUUACGUUUCAGAAAGGUGACCAGACGGAAAUAAGUCUCUCGGUUCCUGAUUCCACCUACGAUCUCAUGGAAGAUCUGGCCUCGUACGAUGAAGGAUGGCAAACCAUACCGAGAGCCGACCUCACCGUCGACGGAUGCGAGGAUUCUGCGAGACGUUCCGCGAUCCUCGAAGUCAAAUUCCGCAAUUCUCUUCUCCGGAAUGAGGUCCAGCUGAUCGUUUCACCUUCAGAAGAUUCCGUCGAGCGCACUUUCAGUCGAGCGGCGUUGAAUGGUCUCCGUAUGCCGACCAUUGUCAUUUACGCAGUUCGAGGUGAAACUCUGUCCUCCGAAGAAGAAGACGAACUCCGACAGCUCAAAGCCAGAGUGGGUUCUGAGAGCGUGUUCUUCGUCGGGCCGAAAGCCGCUUGUAUGUGCGAUCUCACCGAGUCCGAGCAACACGCCCGGACCCAGAGGAACCGCUCGGAGCUCUUCGGACAGCUUCAAAACUUGGGUUUCGUUUUGGACAGACGGAAUAGCGAGGGAUCUUCUUCCAUGUUGGCCGAUUCCGUCGAAACAAUCAGGCAGAACGGUCAGAACGGUGGAUCGAAACGCCGGAGCUCGAGCAUAGUCCUCUUCGUGCGGCGAGUACUGCAGUGGAUGGUGGUCGAAGGUGCGAACACUUUGAACGAGGUGCAAUCGACGGUUUUGAAUAUGUUCAUCCUGAGCGCCUUCGAAUUCAUCAGAGAUCGAAACAUAACGCCCAUGAGAAUCGACUACGCGAGAGAGAAAGAAGCUGAACUCUACAAAAAACUUCUCGAAGUUGCCAAAACCAACCAAGAAGAAGUCAGGAUUCUCAUAAACCAGACGCUUUCUGAUCUUAUGGACGAAAUCCUCGAGAAAUGCGCAAACUUCGAUUUCGUCUCAAUCCCUCCGGAAGAAAUUGAAGCGGCCUCGCCUGCGACAAGAGAAAAGUGUGCGACCCAAGUUCAGGACUUCGUCUUGAACCUUCUGAGCUCUGCGGUGGCUGACAAGCUCUUCAGCUCAAUGCCCUUGCUGAAAGACAGCUUCGUCGGUACCCUGGAGAGAUGUCUCACGACCUUGGAGCAAACAUGCCAUUCGAAUAAUUCCAAUGACGCAAAUCACACGGUACAAGCCAGUCACGCCCUGCGGCAGAUCCUGAACGCCGCGUAUCAGCUGGAAGUCACUGCCAGGACGUCAAGCUCCAUUCUCUGGAUGCUUCUAGAGAAGAUGCGGCGCAUGUUCAAAGAUCUCCCGGGCAACGGAUCGCCCGCGAUCGAUCCCGCUUGGAAACGGCGAGUGGCGAUUGACCUCUUGAAGUCACUUUCAGACGCGCGUCUGGCGAAAUGCAUUUGCGCACAAUUCAAAGAAAAAUUGGAUAGCAGUCACGAGAGAUUCGUUGCCGCUAUGGUCAAGUUGAAAGCCGACCACGAUGGCCGUAUCGAUCAUAUCAAGAACGAGAAAGAUCGAAUUCGGAAAACUCUCGCUCCUAGCAUCGCGAGGUACUCCUUGGAGGCGGUUUCGCUUCGGGAUGUGAUCAUGUACGGUAUGCCAACGCUUGGCAAAGAGAUCGGACGGGGUCAGUACGGUGUGGUUUAUUCCUGUGAAUCCUGGGGAAUGCGGGGUCCCCUAGCCAUCAAAAGCGUCGUUCCCCCCGACGACAAGCAUUGGAACGAUUUGGCAAUGGAAUUCUUCUAUACGCGCUCGUUGCCCCCCCACGAAAGGCUCGUGCCCUUGCGAGGCUCUGUGAUCGACUACAACUACGGUCAAGGGACCCCGGCCGUAUUCCUCAUCAUGGACAGACUCAGCCUAGAUCUCCACACAGCUCUUCAUCAUGAGCUGCCGUUCCUAACCAGGAUGCGAAUCGCGCAGGACGUGGUUCAGGGCAUCCGAUUUUUGCACUCUCAGGGUCUGGUCCACCGAGAUAUAAAGCUGAAGAAUGUACUGCUGGAUAAUGAUAAUCGAGCGAAAAUCACCGAUCUCGGUUUCUGCAAGCCGAAUGCGAUGAUAUCCGGUUCCGUCGUGGGUACUCCGAUCCACAUGGCACCAGAGCUGUUCAGUCAGAAGUACGACAACCGAGUGGACACCUACGCUUUCGGAAUUCUGUUCUGGUACCUGUGUUCUGGAAAAACAGACCUGCCGGCGAAAUUCGCAGACUGCCCCGACAAAGACGCUCUUUGGUCCAGUGUACGCAAGGGAUGCAGACCGGAAAGACUUUAUUGUUUCACUCAGCCCUGUUGGGACCUGAUGACCGAAUGUUGGCAUCACGAUCCUGAUAAACGGCCACACUUCGGCGACGUUGAAAACCGUAUCGUCGCGAUUGUUAAAGCUCACAAAGCUCAAGGACGUCACCGCGACUCACUGGAAACGAUGUGGAGCGCGGAAGAAGCCACGGAACAUACCUGGACUCCGUUAGUGCACUAGGCUCGGACAUCGAGAAACCGUGAGAAUAACGGAAAGCCAAUUCUGAAAGUGUGUUGCUCGAAGGGCUUCGUGAACGAAGUUCGCGACUUAGAGUUCAUGUCUUCCGAUGGGUCUCAGACUCGCUCGGGCCGGUGGUCCCGAAAAUUCGUGUCACCUCCCUCGAGAUACUCCCGGAUCGAUUCUUCGGAUCGGCGACGUGCAUCCCAUACAAUAAUGAUGACCGCUCCUGAUGGACGAACGCUGUGUAGUCGAUCUCCAGAAAGGUUGUGCUCUCCAAUACACCAUGGAGUUUCCCAACCGUGGACCGAGAACGUGUCGAAGUCCUGCAUGGCUGAGCAAAACACAGCUCUGUCCGAAGCGACCGAGGGUCUUUCAUCCUUCUGUUUUGUAAAUCGAAGUAUGACAUUGGCAAAGUGUUCCAAUUACGACGACUUCCCGGAAUGAUGCAUCAAUGUGACGAUGGUUUUCUAUAGUAAGGUCUCGUACCUCCCGUGUAAAUAUGAAGAAUUGCGAGCUUUUAUUUUCCAAUAAAUAAUAUUU